AUGUCUCUGCCACUAGGCGUGAGUGGACCAUCUGUCUUCAUCUUCCCCCCAAAACCCAAGGACACCCUGAUGAUCACUGGAAAGCCUGAGGUCACGUGUGUGGUGGUGGACGUGGGCCAGGAUGACCCCGAGGUCAAGUUCUCCUGGUUCGUGAAUGACGUGGAGGUGCACACGGCCAGGACAAAGCCGAAAGAGGAGCAGUUCAACAGCACCUACCGUGUGGUCAGCGCCCUGCCCAUCCAACAUGAUGACUGGAGUCAGGGAAAGGAGUUCAAGUGCAAGGUUAACAACGAAGGCCUCCCGGCCCCCAUCGUGAGGACCAUCUCCAGGACCAAAGGGCAGGCCCUGGAGCCACAGGUGUACGUCCUGGCCCCACCCCGGGAAGAGCUCAGCAAAAGCACGGUCAGCCUCACCUGCCUGAUCACCGGCUUCUACCCAGACUACAUCGCCGUGGAGUGGCAGAGAGACCGGCAGCCUGAGUCGGAGGGCAAGUACAGCACGACCCCACCCCAGCUGGACGCCGACGGCUCCUACUUCCUGUACAGCAGGCUCAGGGUGAACAAGAGCAGCUGGCUAGAAGGAGACAGCUACACGUGUAUAGUGAUGCAUGAGGCUCUGCACAAUCACUACACACAGAAGUCCAUCUCUAAGUCUCCGGACCUGCGCCUGGAGGAGGAGAGCUGUGCGGACACCCAGGACGGGGAGCUGGACGGGCUCUGGACGACCAUCUCCAUCUUCAUCACGCUCUUCCUGCUCAGCGUCUGCUACAGCGCCACCGUGACCCUCUUCAAGGUGAAGUGGAUCUUCUCAUCAGUGGUGGAGCUGAAGAGGACUAUUGUCCCUGACUACAGAAACAUGAUUGGACAGGGCGCCUAG